UUUUAGUCUGUCUUGCCUGGUUAGUUUUCCCCGCGCUUUAUUUGUUGUUAUUGUAGGAUUAGUUGUAUGAUGCGCCCAUUCGGAGAUUCUAAAGCUGACCAGGAUAAAAAGCUUUUUGUCGGUGGACUUAGCCCCAAGACUGAUGAGAACUCACUUAAAAGCUAUUACGGGCAGUGGGGUGAAAUAAUCGACGUAGUUGUUAUGAAAGAUCCGAGAUCUCAGAAGUCGCGAGGGUUUGGCUUUGUAACUUACAGAGACGCCUCAUCCGUUGAUGCUGCGCAAAACAAUCGCCCUCAUACUUUGGAUGGGAAAGAGGUGGAUACAAAGCGUGCCAUGCCUCGUGAGGAAACUAGUCCUGAAGUACAUGCUGCAGUAAAGAAAAUUUUCGUAGGCGCAUUGAAAAAAGACGUAACAAGUGAGGACCUCACUGACUAUUUCUCCCAGUAUGGCAAUGUAACUGAUGCUCAGAUCGUAAUAGCUAAAGAUACCAAUACUUCCCGCGGUUUCGCAUUUGUGACAUUUGAUGAUACAGAUGCAGUGGACAAAGUUAUUUUAGGCCGUCCCCAUACUAUUAAGGAUUCAAAGGCGGAUGUACGAAAAGCUCUGAGCAGAGAAGAAAUGAAUAAAAUGAGGUCCAAACCUGCACCUGCAAGAGUUGAUUACAAUAAUGGUAGUGGUUGGAACGACAAUACAAAUGGGGGUUUUCAACAACAGUCAUGGGACCAGGGUUACAACCAACCUUACGGACAGCAGCAGUCUUAUGCUUAUAAUGGUACAGGUUAUGGUUAUAGUGGCUAUGACGCAAGUUCAUCUACUGGAGCCUGGCCCAAUGCGGCUGAUGGUUUUGGCAAUUAUCAACAGCAGGCUUACGGAGGUGGUCCUAUAAGAGCAACUCCUGCACCCACACAAUAUACUCGUCCCGCUCCAUACACUGGUAAUGGUUGGCAACAACGUUGAGAUAUUUGUCGUUGCAAAACCGGACGCCUGAAACGCCUAGUGCAUUUUGACAACUUUUUAUCACUUGCUGUAAAAUAUACAAAUCAGUUAUUCUGCUAUUUCCUUGUACUCGCAGCCGCUUAACAUAAGUUGUUGAGCAUCUAGUUAGGUCACACUUGGAAAACAUAAGGUACUGCACCUCGUGUCCUGGGUGCGAAUUCGGAUUCCAUGUGUUCAGUCUGGAGAGGAAAUUGCUAUGUGCUUUCAUGAAGGACUGGAUUGCGCCGUGUCAAGAAGGUAACAACCCAAUCGGAAGUCGUCAGCAAACAAGGAUAAUUUGAUUGGCGUUACACAUCACAAUGCAUUGAGCAACACCUUUUUUUCAAUGUUGUUGUAAUUACUUCUAUUGAUCAUUUCUGCCUGUCAACAACGAUCAGUAUUCAAUGUUUACAAUUUUUUUGUUUACACUUUUCAUUUCGCUAAAUUUGAAGUGCAAAUUAAAUUGGUAAUAUAGUUUGCUCGUGUUUUUGUUGUUGUUGUUGUCGUUCAAAGUUCUAGUCCCACAUAUAUUUGACUGCAAUGAACUGAACUUAUUUAAUUGUCAA